UUUGCGAAGAGAUAGUAAGCAACCUUUACACAAUUUGUGAUAAAAACAACUUAUUCUUGUUACCAGACUAAAAAUAGUUUCCACGCGUUUUGUGAAAUGACGGGGACAGCUUUCUCAUUUUUUGAUAUAAUUCUGAUUCUAUUAAUUUUAAUUUCUGCAUUUUAUUUCUUUAAUAAAUAUGUUGAGCAGCGCUAUGUUAAACUUCCACCAGGACCAGUUGGACUACCAUUGGUGGGAUAUUUGCCAUUUCUGGGAGAUUUGCCUUUUAAAGCAUUCAAAGAACUCAGUUUAAAAUAUGGAAAUAUUUUUGGGCUAUAUAUGGGAAGAAGUUAUGUUGUUGUACUCAACAAUUAUGAAUCAGUAAAAGACGCUUUCUCUAAUCCAGUAAUUCUUGACAGACCCCCAAAAUUUUUUGAUUUCCAUCCGGGUGGCUUAGGUUUUGUUGCAAGCAAUGGUAAGGAAUGGAUUGAAGAGCGACGGUAUGUUAUGAGAGUCAUAAAAGAUAUAGGUAUGGGGAAAACAAGAUGGGAAGACGAUUUAGAUGCUGAAAUUGAAAGUUUUCUCAAAAGUAUAUCUGAAUUUGAUGGAAAACCAGUUGAUUUGCAUGACUACCUCUCUCACAGUGUAUCAAAUAACAUGACUAGCAUGGUUUUGGGAAGACGCAUACCGACUGGUGAUUCUCAGAUUAAAAUGAUAAACGAAGCAGUAGAUGGUCUUUCAGCACUUGGACAGGCUGGAGCGGUAACCUUUUUCCCAGAUCUCAUGAAGUUUUUGGCAAAAACUGGUUUCUCAAAACUUAGAAUUCCGUAUAACAAUAUGAAGAAGCUAUAUGAUUUUAUGAGAAAAGAAGUAGAAUUAAGAAAAUCGAACUUUGAAAAUUCAGAAGAAUUAGUUUUCAUCGAUGGAUACUUGAAACUAAUGAAGUCAUUGGAAGAAAAAAACGAAGAAAGCAAUUUCUCUGUAAAUAGUCUUAUUGCUAAUGCUCAAGCUAUGAUACAUGCCGGUAGUGAAACGAUCAGAACGUCCCUGCUGUGGUUAUUUGUCAGUAUGGCGUCUUUUCCCGAAGUUCAAAAAAAUUGCCGGGAUGAGAUACGAGGAGUUUUAGGUAAAGAUGGAAAAUGUCGAUGGUCUGAUGCAAAAAAGCUUCCUUACGCUUACGCUACAGUAAUGGAAGGUCAACGAUGGAGAACCGUAUCACCAUUAGGACUUUCGCAUAGGGCAAGAGAAGACACAAAGAUAGAAGAUUUUCACAUUCCAAAAGGAGCUUUUGUCAUUUCAAAUGCAUGGGCUCUUCAUAAUGAUCCAAAAUACUGGCCUGAACCGGAAAAGUUUGAGCCGGAAAGAUUUCUUUUAGAAGAUGGAACUUUAAAUAAAAAGAAGCCGGAAAGCUACGUACCAUUUUCAUUAGGUCGACGGAAUUGUCCGGGAGAAUCGAUUGCAAUGAUGGAGAUCUUCAGGUAUCUGGUUUCCAUUCUUCAAAAAUAUGAAAUUCUUCCAUUAGAAGAUCAUCUUCCAGUUCUGGAAGGGGAAGUCGGACUCACUUUUUCUCCCUACAGACAAGAGUUAAGAUUUGUUCCCCGAGACAUGGAUAUGACCAUUCUGUUAUUGGAAAUAAUUUUGUUUUCCCUUAUAACUUUAAUUGCGUUAAGUUAUUUUAAUAAAUAUGUAAAAAGCAACAAUAAAAAACUUCCACCUGGACCAAGCGGGAUACCACUGUUAGGAUAUUUACCAUUCCUAGGAGAUUUACCUUUUAAAACUUUUAAACAACUCAGCCAAAAAUAUGGAAAUGUGUUUGGGAUAUACAUGGGAAGAUCAUUUGCUGUUAUUCUCAAUGACUUUGAAUCUGUUAAAGAUGCGUUUAGCAAUCCAGCCAUUCUUGAUAGACCUCCAAAGUUUUUCGACUUUCAUCCCGGUGGAUUAGGCUUUGUUUCGACUAACGGAGAUGCAUGGGUAGAAGAAAGGCGUUACGUUAUGAAAAUAAUAAAAGAUAUUGGCAUGGGCAAAUCAAGAUGGGAAGAAGAUUUAGAAGCUGAAAUUGGAGAUUUCCUUAAAAACUUAUCUCAACUUCAAGGUGAGCCGACUGACAUACGAGACCUCCUUUCUCACAGCAUUUCCAACAAUAUGACAAGUUUGGUCCUGGGUAAGCGCAUCCCACUGCAUGAUGCGCAAACAACAACUAUCAACAAUGCCGUGAACGCACUUUCUGCACUCGGCCAAUCAGGUGCAGUUUUGUUCUUUCCAGAUCUCAUGAAGUUUCUUGCCAGAACAGGUUUAUCGAAAUUGAGCGUUCAGUACUAUAGCAUGAAGAAACUGAAUGAUUUCAUGAGAAAUGAAGUCAGUUCUAGGAAAAAGAUAUUUGAGAUGACAGAUGAAACUGUUUUCAUAGAUGGUUAUUUGAGACAAAUGAAAUUAUUGAAAGAAAAAAACAUUAAAAGUUGUUUCACUGAGGAAAAUCUAACAGCCAAUGCUCAAGCACUGAUCCAAGCCGGGAGUGAAACAACAAGGACAUCUCUGUUAUGGCUGUUCUUCGCUAUGGCAUCGAAUCUAGGUGUACAAAACAAGUGUCAUCAAGAAAUUGACAAUGUUUUGGGCACGGACGGCAAAUGUCAGUGGUCAAAUGCAAGGAAUUUACCUUUUACUUAUGCAACAGUCAUGGAAGGUCAAAGAUGGAGGACAGUGAGCCCGAUAAAUCUUGCACGCAUGGCCAAUGAGGAUACAACGAUCGGAGAUUUUCAUAUUCCCAAAGGAACACUUAUCUUUUCACAUAUGUGGGCCUUGCAUAACGAUACGAAAUAUUGGCAAGACCCAGAAAACUUUAUGCCAGAGAGAUUUCUUUCAAAAGAUGGUUCCUUGAGCAAAACAAAACCUGAAAGUUACAUUCCUUUUUCAAUCGGUCGGAGAAAUUGUCCAGGAGAAUCGAUAGCCAUGAUGGAAAUUUUUAGAUAUUUUGCUUCGGUACUCCAGAAAUUUGAUAUUCUUCCUGAAGAUAGCCACCCACCAGAUCUUGAAGGGAAAUUAGAGAUUACAUACACACCUCGCCGACAAAAACUAAAAUUUAUUGCCAGGAACUGAGGUGGUAUUGAUUCUGGAUUGAUUACAUACUUAAACUUGUUUUGCAUCACAUUGUUUGCAUAUACAAUGAAAAUCUAUGUAAAUAUUUUAAAAAAAACACAAUCGAAUUAAAGCUUUUUACUUAAACUCUU